GACUCGAGAUGAUCAUACGCAUUUACCUGGUGCUCCUGUGCUCGUGUAUGGCUAGAGGAAAAAUUGGUUAUUUCUGGCACAUUACGGACAUUCAUUACGACCCGAAAUAUUCGUCCCCGGGUAACACAGACAGCAUGUGUUGGAAUAUCAGGACGGAUAUUGACAGCGGUGGGAUAAGACCGGCGAGAAGAGUUGCUGGUAUUUUUGGCAACUACACCUGCGACUCACCCUGGGCACUGAUAGAAUCAGCAGUACUCGCCAUGAAAUCGAAUCAACCCGAAGAGGGAGCGGAAUUUGUCCUCUGGACAGGAGACGCUGUGAGUCACAACAGCGAAAUGAGCGAGGAAUUGCGUCUGCAGUCUAUGAAGAAUCUUACAGACCUAUUGUCCCACACAUUCUCGAGCCAAUUUGUGUUUCCGGCUUUGGGACAUGAGGACCUCGGUUUGAACUACAGCCAGCAGGCGAUUUUCUGGAAGCACUGGCUCCCCAGCGAGGCUCUUCAAACCUUUGAAAAAUCUGGAUACUACACAAUUGAACAGAAAUCUCAAAAAUACCGAAUAAUAUCCCUGAACACAAAUCUGUGGUUGAACACAGCCCCAGGUGUUGACAAUCGUGUCUCUCACCAUCACCAGAACCAGCGCACAGGUGCAGCAACAGGGAAUGACAACAUGGAUGACCCGCACAAUCAGUGGAGCUGGUUUGAAAAAAUUCUACGUGCGGCAAAGGAUAAAAAGGAAAAAGUGUACAUUGUUGGUCAUACACCGCCGGGUGUUGACGAAAGGGCGAGCGGUGCUAGUCUCCUUCAGGAUUCUCACAACAAGCGUUACAUACAGCUUGUACGACGUUAUGCUAGCAUUAUUGGUGGACAAUUCUACGGGCACUGGCAUUCCGACACCUUUCGGACUAUUUAUGAUGAAGGAGUGCCCGUUUCGUGGAUCAUGAUGGCGCCGAGUAUCACACCGGGCAGGCCCAACUUCCCCAAUAAUCCAGGACUGAGAUUAUACAAGUUUGAAACUAGCUCGGGAAAGAUAUUAGAUUAUACCCAGUGGUAUUUGGACCUGCAGGAGGCCAACGCAAAGGGUCGAGCGAACUGGCAGGAGCAGUAUUCUCUGCUGUCCUAUUACGAGCUUAAAGAGGUUAGCCCAAAAAAUCUUCACGAUCUCGCUCGGAGAUUCGUAAAGACCAACGACAACGCUUUCACCAGGUACUACGCAGCAAAUACAGUAUUUCUACCCCGUGAAGUUGCUCAUCGCACUGGAUGCGGUGGUGCACUGAGUGGUACUUGUGCACACCAGCACUGGUGCUCAGUGACGUGUGUCAACCCAGGCUCAUACAGCGAUUGUAUAUCGUUGAAUGCAUACGCCCUUGCUAAGGGAUGCUCACCAACGUCACGUAUCUACAUUGCCCUACAUGUAGUUGCUGCACUCGGUUGUCUACUUCUCAGCCGGUAGACUAUGGAGGGAUCAUUUCCACGUGUAAUCAUCAUACAAAACCCGCCUCUAUCAUCACCAUUCUUCCUGCCCAUCCUCACUAUACCGUUAACAAAGCCCCUUAUCUAUCCUCGUUUUGGCUUUGAUGAAAGACAUAAAGCUAUGGAUGUGACGAGAUCGAUAGGUGGCAACACAGACCCACAGUUAUCUUUUCGUUGGUAUAAAAUAAAUGUUGGUGCUUGUUACAUUAAAUUGGUCAAAUGAUUUUUUGCUUUAUCAGUUUUAUACUUUCUAGGUAACGAUGGAAAAUCUUUUGAUUGACUUUAUUCAGUGUUAAUGAGGUAGAGGAGGAUAACAGUUUAACGAAAAUUCUAAAUAUAUAUAUAUAUCUUCAGCUGUGUGAUACGCUCUUCGAAUUAUUGAUCAAAACUUCAUUAAUGGGGCUAGUUUUUAUCCUCGGGAGAUCAACUUUUUUACUUUAAUCUUCGAGGUGUUGGCCAGUCAAAGGAGGUGAGAGGGUGAGAUUAAAGUGGUGGUAUUUAUAAUUAAAUCAUUCAACUUUAAUGACCAUGGGGAAUUGGCCGAGUUCGGUGAGCAUUGAUUUUAAUCGUCGAUAUAUAAUGUGUACAUUUUUUAACACCAAUCUGAGUGGGAAAUUGAUUAUGAGGGAAUGCGAGAGAAAGAGAGAGUGAGAGAAAUUUGAAAAAUUUGAAUGAGGUGAAAUUCGUCGCCAUUGCUGUUGUUGUGUCAGUGUUUUUCCCGCUCACGGUAUCCCUGCUGAUUACUCGGGUUGUGUCAAAAAUGGAGGUAAUUAAAUUGUAAUGGUGAUUAUGAAAUUGAUUGGUGUGCAGCGGGUGAGAUUCGAUUAGUUUAGCUGAUAAAUAAAUUGAUAAAGAAUUAUCAUUGUUUCGGUUCUUGUGAUAUCCAUUGGGUUUAGAUGCAUGACCCUCAGUUUGACCCGAUAAUAAUAAUAAUUUAACAAGAUCAAUCAAAUGGAAGGGGUGAGAGGAAAAUGGAAGGGUUUGUGUGGGAGAAAUGUCGAUGGAUUGAUGGCUUGUUGAUCCUUUUCAAGAUAUUUCAAUGCAUAUUUUUUUGUCUGGAUGAUAAUGAUGACAAUGUCAUUGAGCUAUCUCGUUACAAGCGACAAUUGCAGCAUCAAAGCCAUGUAAAUCCCACGUGAAGCCAGCAAAAGGGCUUUUGGGUGAUUAUGAUAGCGUAAUGAAGCGCACGUUUCAAUGGCGAUCUGCUAUCCAGAAAGUAUCAAAUGCAAUGAACACACCCAGAAGAACUAUUUAUUCCAAUCAAAUAAAUAAAUUAUCUCUAAUUGUUCUGCAUAAAUUUAUCUGUUCUAUUAACCUUUUCUGUUUGAGGCACGAAAAUUAAGAUGAAUCGAACGAUUCAGUGAGUGAUUUGAUUAGACUGAUUGAGUUAUUUUUCUUGGAAAAUGAAAGUGAAAAUUUUGGAUUAUUGGAUUUGAAUGAGUGGUCUUUUUUUUGGGUGCAGUAAUCGUAUGUGUAAAUUCAAUCCUUUGGAGUACUUUAAUACAUUUGUAAUAUCUGUUACUAUUGUGUUUGAUAUUUAGAUGAAGUUAGAGAGAAUGUAAACGAUUAUGUUGAAUUUUUCUAUGAAAAAACGUAAGAAGUAAAUGGCCAUUUUGAAUGCAGCUUGCGACGCAGAAUUCUGUCGCUCUCAGUGUCAUCCAAUUACUAUGAACCAUGCGUAAUUUCUUGAUAAAU